AUGGUAUUGGCGUUGGAAUCGAAGAACAAAUUCGGUUUCGUGGAUAGAACGAUAACCAAACCAGAGAAGGGCGAUAGCUUGUUUGAACCCUGGAAAAGGUGUAAUACGUACGUAGUGUCUUGGCUUAAUCUUUCUCUGGAGUCAAGCAUAUCUCAAUCGGGUGAUAUGUACAGAGUGGCUGAGCUUCAAGAAGAAUUGUGUGCCAUAAGACAAAGCGAACUUGAUGUAACUUCAUAUUACACAAGAUUGAAGACAAUUUGGGAAGAGCUUGAUAAUUUUAGAAGCAUUCCAGUGUGCCAAUGUGGCGUAACCUUUAAUUGUGGAUUAGAAGUAAUUAGGAGUCACAGCUUGAACGAUGUAUUUGCGAUGCUCACCCAACAAGAAAGACAAUUCCAAAGUGAAUUGCUCUCCCCACAGAUCGUGAACAAUUCUACUCCUUCCUUGAACUUUGUGGAAUCUGGACAAAAUAGAGGGAGAGGAAGAGGUAGAGGAGGAAGAAAUCAAGGCGGAAGAGGACAAAGUAGAAAGGUGCAAUGUGCACAUUGUGGGAAGCUAGGACACAAUAUUGAAUCAUGCUAUAAGAAGCAUGGUUAUCCUCCACACUUGAAGCAAAUGAAUAGUGGAGAAGCUGCUGUAAACUACAUGGCAACAGCAGAAACUGAGGAAGACAAUGAGAAACUCAGUAGCCAACUGGUUGGAGGUAGGGCUGUCGACUCUGGAUUCACUGCAGAGCAAAGACAAGCUUUAUUAGCACUCUUGGGCAAUUAUGAGCUAAAGCCUAUUCAAAGUACUGACCAAAUUGUAACACAAUCACAAUCACCACCUCAUCAAGGUAAUUUGGUACAUAUUCUUCAAUUCAAAAUAAGUGUUAAAACACUAACAAUUUCAAACAACAAGCGCACUGCAUGGGUAAUUGAUACUGGGGUUACAGACCAUGUAUCAUACUCCCUUGAUAAUUUUCAAACAUAUCACAAAAUUGAUCCAAUUGUAGUGCGGCUACCAGAUGGCACUAUUACAUUCAGUAACACAAUUGGAACAAUACAUUUUUCAAAAAAUCUGUAUUUGAUAAAUGCAUUAUACAUACCUUCUUUCAACUACAAGCUAGUUUCGAUUUCUAAACUCACGGACAAAUUGCAUUGCCAAAUGAUUUUUAAUGACAAACUCUGUGAGAUUCAGGACUGCAGCUCCAUGAGGAUGAUUGGCAAAGCUAAAUCUGAUGGAGGCCUUUAUACACUGAAAGCUGAAGCAAGGAAUCUGCAAUUUGGCACAAGCAUUAACACAUCAUGCAUCAUGAAUAUACAAGGCAUAAGAGAUAAGGACCUAUGGCAUUAUAGACUAGGACAUCUACCAUGUAGUGGUUUAAUUGACAUGAAAAAAUAUUAUAAUUUCAUUACCUAUGACACAGAUGAGAAUCCCUGUAAUGCAUGUCACUUGGCAAAGCAAAAGUUGCUGCCAUUUAGCUUAAGCACUACCAAAUUACAGCAUUGUUUGGAUAUGAUACAUGUAGAUAUAUGA